AUGGCACGCUAUGGCUGGACAUCAUACGAUACACGCGAAGGCGGCACACAAACCAUCGAAGACGUACAGAACAAGAUCGACAUUACGACUGAGUUCAUAAAGAAGUCGGAGGGCUCCAGUGCAGGCAAUUGGGCACUGAGGAUAAGAGGCACGCCUAGGAAAGAUGCGCCGGCCGAUUUGAAGACGACAGUGGUCUUCUAUGUUGGCAUGGAAUCGUUCGACACAUGCACCAAGUGCAAGCUAGAAUCGAGUGAGCAGGUUGGAGCGGAAGAAGACACGUCGAUCCACGCCGUGAAUCUUUGGAUGGAACACCCACAGUUAGGCACUGCCAGCAUGCACAUACCGGCAUCUGUGGGAGAGAAUGGUCGGCACGAGGCAAUGAUAGUGAAGUCUAUGAAUGUCUCGGAAGACAAGCUUUGGCGGGCAAAUACUACCUUUCUUGACGCGUUGAAAGAUCAAAUGAAAGACAAGAAAGAGGACGCCGCUAUGGACCCCAUGCUGCAUAAUGAAAUCGGCAAUGGCAACAUGCACUUUGUGCAAAUGAAUUGUCAUGGAAAGUUUGAGUCUUUCGGAAAGACUUUCGUGCACGUGUUCAACCCAAAGACACCCUUUCGAGACGAGCAGCACCUUGAGUUUGCCGAAUACGUCUUGUCAAACCUCUUAGGUGGACUUGGCUACUUUGCUGGUACUAAUCAAGUCGAUACAUCCAAGAAAGCAAUCUAUGCCGAAACCACUGGCAAAUUCUGGGAGAAGUCAGCAGAGGCCAAAAGUCAUGCAACGCCAGAAAUCAGAGGGCCGUACGAGCUUUUGACACACACACCAUCGCGCGCAAUGUUUCCACGAGGCUUCUUGUGGGACGAAGGGUACCAUCUUUUGCCUGUGCUAGAGUGGGAUGCAGAUCUAGCCAUUGAAGUCGUUCGGAAUUGGCUCGCACUCAUGGACGACGAUGGUUGGAUCGCGCGUGAGCAAAUCCUAGGCGUGGAAGCCGAAUUCGCGACACCGGCAGACUUCAUCACACAAUUCCCUCACAUCGCAAAUCCGCCCACCAUGUUCCUGGUCAUCUCGAAACUCAUCGAUAUGCUCGGCAGCAAGACGAAGUACUACGGCCACGAGUCGUGGUACCUCACCAAGGCCGAUGCUGGGAAGACGUUCAUCGUCGACGUGUACCCGCUGCUCAAGCGGCACUACGAGUGGUACCGCAAGUCGCAGUCUGGAGACGUUGAAGCUCACUCAGUUCCAUCCGCAAACCUCAACGAAGGAUACCGAUGGCGUGGCCGCACCCCGGAGACAAACUUCGCCAGCGGUCUAGACGACUACCCCCGCGCCGAGCCUCCAGACAUCACCGAGCUACACGUCGACGCCCUCUGCUGGGUCGGCGCCAUGGCGCGCGUCCUCGAGAAAAUCGCCGAUUACCUCAACCAAACAGACUCCUUGCCCUACCAGACCCACCUCCGCGGCGUGCAAACCAACCUCGAUGCCCUGCACUGGGACGACAAACAAUCCAUCUACUGCGACGCCGUGGUGCGUGACUCCGCACACUCCCUCGUCUGCCACAAAGGCUACAUCUCCCUCUUCCCCUUCAUGACAGGCUUCGUGGGCGCCUCGCACCCCCACCUGCCCGCCACGCUCGAUCUCCUGCGCGACUCCGCGCACCUGUGGACAGACCACGGCAUCCGCAGUCUGAGUCCUGAAAGUCCAAAGUACGGCGUUGGAGAUAAUUACUGGCGCUCGCCCAUCUGGGUCAACAUGAACUUCAUGAUCCUCGAGCAACUGCUCGUCCUCGCGCGCACAGCCGGGCCCGAGCAGCAGCGCUGCAGGGACAUAUACGUCGAACUGCGCGCUAACAUUGUCCACACGGUAUACUCUGCGUGGCUGCAGACGGGGUAUAUUUGGGAGCAAUACGACCCCGUCGGCGGGCAUGGACAGCGCACGCAGCACUUCACGGGCUGGUCCGCGCUCGUGGUGCAGAUCAUGGCGAUGCCGGAUCUAGCGGGCGCGGAGGGGUACAAAGAACGGGUCAAGGGGUAUUACGAAGAGGCGAAGAAGACGGCGGUGCAGAAUCGGAAGAGCAGUACCGGGUUGGUGGUGGGCGUGGGCAUGCUGGUUGUGUUUGUGUAUGUUACGAGGAGGAGGUUUAUGGGGACGUGGAGGGGAUUGAAGAGGAAGCAUCGGCGGGUUAGUAGUAAUGAGUGA